UAAGUCUCAUUUGACUAUUCAGAAAACAUGCAAUGGUUUGGUUUGAAAAAUCAAAAUCAACAAUCUACUUAUUUCCAUUCAUUCAUUCCUCGUUUUAUUUCCAUUCAAUUACUAACAAUGUCAUCAUCACCAAUCAACACUCCUUCUCCACCACCUUAUGACCGUGUUAAAGCGGUGAAAGAAUUCGAUGAAACCAAAUUAGGUGUAAAAGGCCUAACAGACUCCGGAAUCAAAACCAUCCCAUCAUUCUUCAUCCAUCCACCCGAAACUCUAUCCGACCUCACUCCACGAUCAGAUUUCCCCCAACCGGAAAUUCCCACCAUCGACCUCUCUGCCGUCCACCAUUCCCGCUCCGCUGUUGUGGAACAGAUUCGUUCAGCAGCAAGUACGUUUGGAUUCUUUAGAGUGAUCAACCACGGUGUGGCACCGGAUUUGCUACAAAGUGUUAUUGGUGCUAUAAAGGCGUUCCAUGAACAGCCUGCGGAGGAGAAGGAAAAGGUGUACCGUAGGGAAAUGGAAACGGGUGUUUCAUAUAUAUCCAACGUGGAUCUUUUUAAUUCUAAAGCUGCCAGUUGGCGCGACACGCUCCGGAUAAAGAUGGGACCGGUCCCAGCCGAUGAGAAGGAGAUUCCGGAGGUGUGCAGAAAGGAGGUGAAAGAAUGGGAUAAAGAAGUAAAGCGUGUGGGAGAUAUUUUGCUGGGCUUGUUGAGUGAAGGGUUAGGAUUAGGUGAAGAAAGGCUCAUUGAUAUGGGUUUAUCACAAGGGAGGGGGAUGGUUGGCCACUAUUACCCGUUUUGUCCUCAGCCUGAUCUUACUGUUGGACUCAAUUCCCAUACAGAUCCAGGGGCAUUGACGGUAUUGUUGCAGGAUCAUAUUGGUGGCUUACAGGUUAGGACCCAACAUGGUUGGAUUAAUGUCAAGCCUCUUGAUGGAGCUUUAGUUAUAAACAUUGGAGAUUUUCUACAGAUAAUUUCUAAUGAGGUGUAUAAGAGUGUUGAUCAUCGGGUAUUAGCGAAUCCUUCAAACGAGCCGCGAGUUUCGAUUGCUGUUUUCUUCAACCCGGGUAAUAGGGAGAAGCUUUUUGGACCUUUACCGGAACUAACAUCAGCAGAGAAACCAGCUCUUUAUAAAGAUUUCAAGCUCAACGAAUUUUUGACAAGGUUCUUCAACAAAGAGCUUGAUGGCAAAUCAUUUACUAAUUUCUUCAAAAAGUAAUGUAUGUAUGUUUGUAGUUUGUAAUUGUUUUGUAAAAUGGUCACUGUACCAUUAAUAUUGGGAAAUGUUAUGACACAAGUUAAUAAAUUAAAUAAUAAGGGUUGAAAAGUUGUUAAAACUCA